AUGUUUGUAGGGUAUCCCGAUGGUACUAAAGGAUUUAAACUGUAUUACCUGACAAACAAGACUUUCAUCAGAAGUCGAGAUGUUAUAUUUGAAGAAAGAAGUUUCCAUAAGUUCAAAUGCGAACAGUCUUCUGAAUCAAAUUCUGAAGUCUACUACCCAGCAAAGGAAGAUUCUCAAGUUAAUCUACCAAUUGGUCAAGUUCAAAUUCAAACUGAUGAUGAAAAUAUGAAUGCUGAAGAAAAUCCUCAACCGAUUUUGAAAAACAAUGUUCCUCUCCAAGAGAAUAACAAUCGAGUGGGAGCUAG